AAAAACCCAAAAGUAAAUUUUCCAAAUUUCCCAAAACACCCUCCAAGUCAACAUCACAAGUCAACUUUCAUGAAAACGAACACUGUCAGCCACCUGCAAACCCAUUUAUGUCAUUUUCCAUAGCCACACUAGCAAAAAUUCCAGUGUGAUUCACUCCACCUUUGCUAAACAGCACCAGCACCAGCACCGCGCACGUUAGCCUGUCUGCGCAAUCAUUACGCCUUUUGUUACCAUGCAUUUAAAUCCCCCCUCUGCUUAACCUACGCCACCCCCUCCUCUCUCUCUCUCUCUCUCUCUCACUCUGACACCACUACCAUUAAUUGGAUCUGCAACUCUACAACUCGCCUAUACAUACACCCCCAUUCUGUAUCUAUACCCGAUCCGUGACUGUUCAUUAUUAUAUAUAGAUAUAUAUAUAAUUAUAUAUAUACAUACACUCUAAUUAACUGGCGCUGGGAGUUAUCAUAUGAAACAUCUUCAGAAUUAUCGCCCGAUCGAUAACCGAUUGGGUUUGGAAAUCGUAGGGUUUUCCGGCUCAAAUACGCCGUCGUUUCGGAGAUCGGAGUCGAAUUCCGGCCGCAUUUUCUCUCGGUGAAGCAUGAAUCCGCUGUGCUGCAUUGCUCCGGUGUCGGCGGAGAAGGAUCGAGCUGUGGUGAGGUCGGAAACGCACAGUCAGGAGCUUGUGUUCGGUGGUGGCUUCGGUGAGGAGAGCGUGGGAUUUAACAGCAGUAGCAAUGUGAUUCUGAGGCCAGUGAGUUUCAAUUCGAGGAAGAGUUCGUCGACAAACGCCGGUGGUGGCGGCGGCGGAGGAGGUGAUUUGCAGGGUGAGAAAUGCGAGGAGAACGACGAUGUGAAAGCUGUGGUUGGGAUUUUGUAUAAAUGGGUUAAUUAUGGGAAGGGAUGGAGGGAGAGGUGGUUCGUGCUGGAAGAUGGCGUGCUGUCGUAUUAUAAGGUGCACGGCCCUGAUAAAAUUGUCGUGAGCUCGGGUAGGGAGAAGGGGGUGAGGGUGAUUGGGCAAGAAAGCUGGAGAUAUAUGAGGAAGGGUAGUAGUGGGAAUGGCAGCGGCGGUGGGAAUGCUCUUAGGGUGAACGGUGUUGGGCUGGGGAAGCAGUGGAAGCCAUUUGGGAAGAUACACUUGAAGGUUUCUUCAGUACGGGCCAGCAAGUCAGAUGAUAAAAGACUUUCCAUAUUCACAGGAACAAAAACUCUCCACUUGCGUUGUCAAUCCAAAGAGGACAGAGCUUCCUGGAUAGAGGCUCUUUUGGUUGCUAAAGAUAAAUUCCCUAGAUUAUUGACAAGCAGUGACUUAGCACCUUCUGAAGACUUUGUGGUUUCAACAGAGAAGCUACGGUCGCGGUUAAUCCAGGAAGGCAUUAGUGAGACUAUAGUAAAAGACUGUGAGUCUAUAGUUAUAGGUGAAUUUGCUGAGAUGCAGAACCAAUUGAAGACUAUUCAACUCAAACACAUCUUGCUGCUGGACACAUUAAGAAGACUGGAGACAGAGAAGAUAGAAUUGGAAACAACUGUAGUUGAUGAAACAAAGGGACGGGAUUCUUGCUGUGGACAGGGAAAUAGAAGGUUCAGUGAUUUCUAUUCAGUCAUGUCUGAAGGUAGUGCUAGUGACUCGGAUGGAGAUAAUGGAAGUCGAUAUGGAGUAGAUGUUGAAACAGAUGAUGAGGAUGGAAUCUUUUUUGAUACAAAUGACUUUUUAUCUGCCGAAUCUCUGAGAAGUGCUUCCUAUCGAAGUAGAGAUAAUCCAAUGUAUGCUUAUAGCCCCUGGACUAAUGAAAAAGAAACUUCUUUUUCUGGUCAUUUAAGAGAAGUUGGAAUCGAUGUAAAUGCAAUUGAAUUUCCAUACAUCAAUAGAAGGGACAAUUUACCAGAACCUAAGGAGAAAGAGAAGCCAGUUGGGCUUUGGUCAAUUAUUAAAGAUAACAUUGGCAAGGACUUGUCAGGUGUUUGUCUUCCUGUCUACUUCAAUGAGCCUCUGUCCUCUCUGCAGAAAUGCUUUGAAGACUUGGAGUACUCAAAUCUUGUUGACGGAGCCUUAGAAUGGGGAAAACAGGGAAAUGAUUUGAUGAGAAUUCUUAAUGUAGCAGCUUUUGCAGUGUCUGGUUACGCAUCAACAGAAGGCCGGCAAUGUAAACCCUUCAAUCCUCUCCUAGGUGAAACCUACGAGGCCGAUUAUCCGGAUAAGGGUUUACGAUUCUUCUCUGAAAAGGUUAGUCAUCAUCCAAUGGUUGUUGCCUGCCAUUGUGAGGGCAGAGGUUGGAAUUUUUGGGCAGAUUCUAACCUUAAAGGCAAGUUCUGGGGCCGUUCCAUUCAGCUUGAUCCUGUGGGGGUUCUUACUCUUCAGUUUGAAGAUGGGGAGACAUUUCAGUGGAGCAAGGUCACUACUUCUAUAUACAAUAUCAUUAUUGGUAAAAUCUAUUGUGAUCAUUAUGGCACCAUGCGCAUAAAAGGCAGUGGUACUUACUCUUGCAAGCUUAAAUUCAAGGAGCAGUCUAUCAUAGACCGAAACCCUCAUCAGGUACAUGGAUUUGUGCAAGACAAUAGAACUGGGGAGAAAGUCGCAGUUUUGCUAGGGAAGUGGGAUGAAGCAAUGUAUUAUGUGAUGGGAGAUCCAACUACAAAACCGAAGGGAUACGAUCCAAUGACAGAAGCUGUGCUACUGUGGGAAAGAGAUAAAUCUGUCACCAAGACAAGAUAUAAUCUCACACCAUUUGCAAUAUCUUUAAAUGAAUUGACACCUGGUUUACGGGAUAAGCUGCCACCAACCGACUCUAGAUUGAGACCCGAUCAAAGGCAUUUGGAGAAUGGAGAAUAUGAGCUGGCAAAUGCAGAGAAGCUAAGACUUGAACAAUUGCAGAGACAGGCGCGAAAAUUGCAAGACAGAGGGUGGCAGCCAAGAUGGUUCCGGAAGGAUGAGGAAGGUUGUUACAGUUACAAGGGUGGAUAUUGGGAGGCAAGAGAGAAGCAUAACUGGGAAGAAAUUCCCGAUAUAUUUGGACAGCCUUGUGAUUUCCCAGCCUGUGUAUCCGAGGAGUGAAGAAGCUCACUCAGUUUCCACAAUUUUACGGAAUCGAGAAACCUUUGUCCUUUAAAAGAAUGAUGUUGUUGACCACCAAAAUUCGGCACUUAAGAAAAAGGACAAAUUAAACCCAGAGGUAGUUGUUAGUUAAAAUUGACUAUAUCCUAGUAAUAUGUUUGUACUUUUCUGUGGCAAAAGACAUAUAUGGGAAGAAGUGUUUAUGUACUUGAUACAAUUUUCUUCCAAUUACAAAGCGAAAACUUUUGCAAU